AUGUCCUCGCAAGUUGGCGCGGAGGCUAUACUCGCCCGGAGAAGAAUGCAAAAUCGGUUGGCACAGCGGAAGAGACGGCAAAAGAUGAAUGAGAGGGGUAAACGCGACCCAAAGCAGUUGUCUGGGGCAUCUCAUUCACCGGAAUAUGGGUCCGGUACCAUGAUAGAGCAGCAGCAUUCUGCAACAGCCAACCACCAGGACGCGGUUGAGGACGAAUACUUUACAAUGUUAGCCAUGCCCGACCUUUCACUCAGCAAUGAUGAUGAUAUCGGACAACCGCAAGGCGAGGCUCAACAGGUCCAAGAUAUCACGAUUCUCACGUCAAAUAAUUUGGUUGCUAAUCAAUUGUUCAAUGAACAGCAGAUCUUGUCGGGAAUGGUCGAUCCUUCCUCGACGCUGGGAAGCAUUACGGAGGACUCGGGAGAUGCUUCCGGCUGGGAGGCCUAUUUUUCCAAUACCGAGGGAGGCAAAAAAACACCGGUGCUUGAGGUGAACCAUCGUCCAGAGUUGGAGAACACUAGCACCCAACUGGAUGAUGGCAGCCUGGUCGAUUGCUCGUCGGAAGAUCGCUCGAAUCGGGGGGAAACAUAUCAGUAA